ACCAAACUUUAUUCUAGCAUGUGAAAGACUGCAUCUUCGUAAAAUGUCUUCAUGGUGGUAGAUGAACAACUACCACGUGAAUUAAAUUAUACAUUAAUUUCCUUUUGUUUCAAACCUGUUUUCUCUCUAUAUAUACGAGUCUCAAACUUGAUAAGCAUAACAUAUUCAACACAUAUAUUUUGAGCUUUAUUUUGAUUUUUUUACUUGUGUUUGAUAAACAAUGGCUACCAAUGGAAAGCUUGAAUUAGAAAUUGAAGUAAAGUCCAGUGCUGAUAAGUUCUGGAGUAUCAUCAAGGAGUCUGCAGCUAUAUUCCCUAAGGCUUUUCCAGAUGAUUACAAAAGCAUCGAGAUUCUUGAAGGUGAUGGCAAGAGUGUUGGUUCUGUCCGUCUAAUAACUUUUGGUGAAGGGUCACCACUUGUGAAGAUAAUCAAAGAGAAGAUUGAUGUUGUUGAUGAUUCAGAGAAGACACUAACCUAUAGUGUUAUUGAUGGGGACAUUCUUAAUUACUUCAAGAGAUUUAAGGGACACAUCAGUGUAACACCUAAGAGUGAUGGAAGCUUGGUGAAAUGGUCUAUUGAGUAUGAAAAAAAUAGUGAAGAGGUUCCUGAACCAGAGAUAAUUAAGGAAUUUGCUCUUAAGACCUUUCUUAAGGUUGAUGAUUAUAUUCUAAAUGCAUAAAAAGUUGUAUGCAGAUGAAGAAGGGAAUUAGUAUUGUAGGGUUUGAAUUAUGAAAUAAUAAGAUUAUGUGUAUUUUAUCAUUUCCCAUUUAGUAUAAAGGGAAUGGUAUAAGUUUAUAGGACAUAGUCCUAUGUUUGGUUGGUUGUUGCCUUAAUAAAUUAUGUACUACUUGAAAAUGAAACUUUGUUGGACUUGAGUGUGUUAA